CUCCACUGAAACUUCAUCCACCAUCUCGUUGACUCUGUCGACGACUUUCUCUAAUUUCCCUUGAAAAACACCCCUCACGCCUUUUCAUGGCGGCAACCAUCAUUCUUGCUCUCUCCAACUCGUUUUCCCUCUCUAGAACUCUCCAUCUCCAUGGGCAUGGCUGGAAGUCUGCAAGCUGUUCUUGCGUCCGCCGCAAGCUUCUUCGUUAUAAUUUCCAUCGUCUCUAUCAUUAUUCUUCUCUGCAGAUCCACCAAAAUACCCACCCACCCUAUUCGACGAACCCGGAAAAGGCCCCGGACCCUGGCAGUUCAGGAGCCCGAGCUCUCCAUCUCUAUCGGCGAGAGCCAGUCCUUCGACCCGUCCGUGCGCCUCAUCUCCAUGGAGGAGCUGAAGAUCGUGACCAAGAACUUCUCAGCUGAUCUGAUCAUCGGCGACGGCAGCUUUGGUCUUGUAUACAAGGCCACGCUCUCUUGCGGACUCACCGUCGCAAUCAAGAAGCUUGACCGGGACGCCUUUCAAGGGUUCCGCGAGUUUCGCGCCGAGAUGGAAACCCUCGGUAAGCUCCGGCACCCGAACAUCGUCAAGAUUCUCGGGUACUGCAUUUCGGGUCAAGAUAGGGUCCUUAUUUACGAGUUCCUAGAGAGAGGAAGUCUAUACCAAUGGAUACACGAGAGUGCUGACGUGGCCGGGUCGGAACAGUUGGAAAAGCCAGUGCCGUUAACUUGGGAGACGAGGAUGAGUGUAGUGAGAGACAUCGCUAAUGGGCUUGCUUAUUUACAUGGGCUGGACACCCCAAUCAUCCACAGGGAUAUAAAGGCCAGCAAUGUGUUGCUAGAUAAGGGGUUCGAGGCCCAUAUCGCUGAUUUUGGGCUCGCUAGAUGGAUCGAUGGCUCACAUUCUCAUGUAUCGACGCAAGUGGCUGGUACAAUGGGUUACAUGCCCCCGGAGUACAAGGAUGGUGCGACGAUGGCAACGGUGAAGGCCGAUGUAUACAGUUUUGGGAUUCUGAUGAUCGAAAUUGCGACUGGUAAGAGCCCCCAUUGGCCGAUGGUGCUCAAGGAUAAAGAAGUCGGGUUGGCACAUUGGGCUAGGAAAAUGGUGGAAGAAGGAGAAGAAAUGAAGAUGGUUGAUCCUAAUGUGCAGAGAGAAGAAUUGGAUGAGAUUAAGGUAAAGGAGUAUUUUAGGAUUGCUUGCAGGUGUACUAGUGAUAUCUCCAGGGAUCGACCAACCAUAAGGGAGGUCGUCGAUUUGUUGAACCAAAAUUGGUACGUGAAACUUGACAUUUCUGCAAAUGUUGAGGAAGUGUGAUGGUUCAAGGGAGAAGAAGUGGGUCAUUGUUUUGUUCAAAAUAGGGUAGCGAAAGGUUGUCAUUUGUAAAUAGCCCAAGUUUGGUUAUUUAUUGAGGCAAACCGUAUGUAUUAGAUUCGUGUGUAUUCUUGGGGUGUUUUGAUCGGUUCACUCUUUCAGAACACCACAGCCUAUGAGCAUCUCUAAUGGUAACAAAUUGUGUAGUAUUUGAUUUAUA